GCUCCUGGUGUUUCUUUAGAAAUAAACCUUUGUUUAACUAAGGAACAACUGCUUAAAAGGAAGGAGAACAUUUAGCCACAUACACUUGUCAAAUAAAAUGAAAUGAAAGUGGCUGUAUUAAUGUGACUCAGCCUAAGGCAGGGAGCAGUUUAACAGAGUGAUGACAACCCUGACUCAUCCAGGCAAACUUUGAGUCCUCCUGUGUCAAGAGAGCUGGUACUGCCUGCAUCACCAAGUGCAUGAGUACGGGCAGGAGAAGAAAGUAGCGCCUGGGACUGAACAGGGAUCUGAGUGAUUUACUAGUUAGCUGAUCUGGUUGCACACAAUUUGGUGAGUAAGCUGAUCUGUGGGCAAAGGGCAAGUAAUACUGGACUGAGUGCAGGAGAGGAUUUGGAAACAUUAGGCAAGCUUGACCCAUAGAGGAAGCUACAGCUUUGAGAAAUCGCCUUAGAAUGAGAAGCAUAUAUUGUUGGGACUCUCCAGAAUGCUAAAAGGGGAAUUACCUUAGCUUCGCAGUUGGAAAUAGCACCGUAUAGGGCUGUAUAUUCUUAUCUUCUCCAUCAGAAAAGUGUGUGUUCUUCUUGUGGGACUGAAGGAGUGAAUCAUGGAUGGACUGCAACAGCUGUGAACCUCUGUGGCAGUCUUAAAGCAAGACAUUCUUCAGUGCUGAACUCUCCUGCUUCUCAGCCUCAAUGAUGGAUAGGUAUCCAGGAUUUAACAUGCAUUAAAAUGAAGUGCUUUCACUUUGCUGUUUCCUGUGGACCAAUUCAUUCCAUAUAAACAUAAGAAACGCCCUGUGAGUUCAGCCCCACGGUUCAUCUGCUAUUGUCUCUGCAGAAGCGGCAUCAGGAGGUGCUAACGGGAUAUAAACCUCAACUCUGGCCAUCUCCUGCAGCCCAUUCUCCAGAUGCAAAAAGAAAACAUCGUGUUCUAAGUGCUUUUUCAACCAAACUUGGAACUAAAGAGUCGCAGUUUCUACAGACCCGAGGCCCAAAGCAUUUGCUAUGGCACAUGCCACAGUCAUUCUUAUUGUGCCGAUAUUAAGUUUUUUCCAACCUAAGACAAUGUUUUCCACUAGCCUGACAAGUGGACAACCAGAGGUAAUAGAUGCACUUCGGCUACAUAAUGUUCUGUGGAUUACCAAGCAUGAGUCAAGAGUUAUUCUGUUCUGGAACAAUAACCUGACAAAAGAAGAAACAGAGAAGUACACAGUGAAGUAUAUUUUGAGUUACAAAUUCUUCAAUAGCACUCAUGAAAGGAAAGAAAGACUGCAGGAAAAGAAAAAGAUAAUACAUCUUGAAUUAUACUCUGGCUUUAAUGCUAAAGUUAAAACACAACUUUUUGCAAAAGAAACAGAAGAUGUAAUUAAGGAGAGUGGCUGGACAGAAUUUAUUUACAAGGCACCUCCAGUAUAUAUUCAGAAUCUUUCAUGCAUCAUAUAUAACACUUCUUUUUUCAACUGCACCUGGCAUAUUACAGAAGAAGCUCCUGAAGAUAUUCAGAUCUUUGUUUCACAUAGACACGUAGGAAAAGAUUUCAAAUGCCAGCAAUAUAUAAAAAAUGCAAGAAAAAAAAAUAUUGGUUGCCAUAUGAAAGAAAUGUAUUUCCAACCGUCAAGGAAAAUAAACUUAAACAUAACUGUAAGAGAUCUGAUAAAUAAUUCAAGUGGACUGUCUUAUUGCAAAGCUUUUACACCUCAGAGAAUAGAGAAACUGAACCCACCCAUCAACGUCUCAGUUUCCCUUGAAAACAGAAGUAUUAAAAUUCACUGGAAACCCCCGCCUACUAUUGGCUCUGCAAGUAACAAGUGCUUUUUGUACCAAGUGAAAAUAACAGAUCACAAAAUUGUAGAUGUCGCUGAAGAGAAAUAUGAGUAUCCCUUUCAUAAGCCAGCAAAAACAUGUGCAGCACAAGUGAGGGCAAAGAAAGAGAUAUGUAUAAGAAACAAGAUAUGGAGUGAAUGGAGUGAACCAGUCUUUAUUGAUGAUAAAAAGACAGUAGAUGCCAUGCUGCUAAGCCUCCUGUUUUGUCUCCUGCUUUUCCUUGGAAGUUUGCUGAUAUGUGCAUGUAGAAGGUUUAGAUGCCUGGAAGUUAUAACUAUGCCUGUUCCACAUCCUUCAGAUAAUAUCAAAACUUGGUUAGCUGCAGAUGAGGCUCACCACCAGAAACCAAUGUCAGUUGAAAUGGAGAUGCACUCAGAGGUUGGUUUGGACGUUCGAGAAGUGAAUGGAGAUGAGAACAUGCAACGACCAAAACAUUUGAAAGAAUAUGGAUUACAAGACCUGUGGGGAUGACACCUUUUUUUUAUCUUCAUGCAAGAGUCACCUUUCUGUGAAGGGAACAAUAAUCUGACAGAUCUAAGAAUGGCUGAUACUAGAGUUUGUCUGAGUCCAAUAACUUGCAGUAUUUUGAGCUCUGAUAUUGUGCAACUCUUAAAAUGAUCUUUGGAUCACAAAGGCAAAGCAGUACCUUGCAGUUUGUCUCUAUUUCUGAUCUGCAGUCUGGUACAACACCUCAGACAAUAUGGAUGCCAUCCAGAGGAACAUGGACAAGCUUGAGAAGUGGGCCUAUGUGAAUCUCAUGAGGUUCAACAAUGCCAAGUGCAAGGUCCUGCACAUGGAUCGGGGCAACCGGUAUCAAUACAGGCUGGGGGAUGAAGGGAUUGACAGCAGCACUGCAGAGAAGGACUUGGGGGUACUGGUGAAUGAAAGACUGGAUAUGAGCUGGCAGUCUGCUUGCAGACCAGAAGGCCAACUGUAUCUUGGGCUGCAUCAAAAGCAGCAUGGCCAGCAGGCCAAGAGAGGUGAUUCUGCCCCCAUGGUCCAUUCUGGUGAGACCUCACCUGGAGUUCUGCAUCCAGGUCUGGAGCCUUCACUACAAGAAAGACAUGGACCUGUUGGACAGAGGCCAGAGGAAGGACACCAAGAUGACCAGAGAGUUGGAACACCUCACCUAUGAGGACAGCUUGAGAGGGUUGGGGUUGUUCAGCCUGGAGGAAAGAAGGCUUCACAGAGACCUUAUUGUGCCUUUUGCUACUUGAAAGGAGCCUAUAAGUAGGAUGGGGACAGACUGUUUAGAAAGGCCUAUUAUGACAGGACAAGGGGAGAUGGUUUUAAACUAAAAGAGGGUGGGAUUCAGGCUAGACACGAGGAAGAAUUUUUUUUAUAAUGUGAGUCAUGAAACACUGUCCCAGGUUUCCCAGAGAGGUGGUAGAUAUCCCAUCCCUGGAGACAUUCCAGGCCAGGCUGGAUGGGGCUCUGAGCAACCUGAACUAGUUGAAGAUGUACCUGCUUAUUGCAGGUGGUUGGACUAGAUGACCUUUGAAGGUCCCUUCCAACGCCAAUCAUUCUAUAUGAUCUAAUACUG